UCAUGCAUUAUCAUUGGAUAAUUUCUGUCAUUGCUGUUUUAUGUACCGUACAAACGGCGCAAUGCACAACCUCUUACAAGAGAUUGAAGGAGGCUUUAAAGACUGUAGACAAAAUAAUUCGUCAGUUGUCAGCAUUGAAGGAAACGUCAAAAACUUGUGAUUCACAGCUAUCCACAGUUAAAGAUGAUCUUACAGCUGCUUGUAAUAGGAAUACAACUGACACGGAAAUUAGUCUGUUGAAAUCAAAACAGACACCCGGCCAGACACCUGUACUCGUGGACGUGAGCAGCGGUCAUAAAACUUGCGUGGAGAGUAUCCGUGAUCACUGUUCUCAGUUAAACGCCGAGAUCUGGUGCCUCCGCCUCGGACUUUGGCGGAACAACCACGAAAAUGAAAGGAUAAGUCUUGCCCAGGAUGAGUUGUUUGUUCAUAUAUUGAAACGUGAACAAAACCGUGAGACGCCGGCACCGCCACAACGACGAAAACGAGACACCGAGGCAGUUAAGGGUAUAGCACCUGACGACAUUACCAAACCACCGACAGGGUACCGGAUCAGGAAGGAGUAUAGGACCUUAACUCUAACGGAAAGACAGAAAUACCAUAGCGCUGUCAAGAAACUUUAUGAUCAAAAAACCUUUGCUGCAUUUGCCCGGGUACACAAGUUGGGUAUCAAGAUGAAGGGUGUACAUAGAGGCGAGGCCUUUCUCCCCUGGCAUCGUGUUUUCCUCGCAUUGUACGAGGAGGCACUGCGUCAAAUAGACCCCGACGUGUCGUUACCGUACUGGGACAGCAGGAUGGAUUACAACAUGGUGACACCAACUUUAUCUGUAAUGUGGGACGUCGAGCACUUAGGUACCGGAUUUGGCUUGGUGACUGAUGGUCCAUUUGCAAAUUUUUCAACCGAUGAAAACCCAUUAAAACGAAGCAUCGGUCAAGGAUCAGGAAGCCUAAUGAAGCCGCAAAAAGUCGAAGCAAUGUUUGAAGAAGGGUUCUGUAGGAUGGGGGACAUAUAUAAAAGAUUAGAAAGUUCGCAUAAUGGAGUCCAUAGAUGGGUUGGAUCAACAAUGGCAAGAGGUUGGUCUGCAAGCGAUCCUGUCUUCUACAUGCAUCAUGCAUAUAUAGACAAGAUUUGGGAAGACUUUCGGAAAAGACAAAACUCUUCGGCCUGUAAUUUUACAGAUCCCGGAAACGAUUACCCAUUUUUUGAUGAGAAUAGUCCCAGACCAACAAAACCAGAGCACAUGGCGGAUGAAGAUAUGGACGGAAUGGACUUUCUGAAGAACAAGGAUGGUAUUAAGAACUACUGGACACAAAACUGGUACGGUUACGCUGAUAGUCCAGUGUGUAGUAAUGACUGUGACAACAGCCCGGAUUUGACUUGCCAGGAUGGUGUGUGUGUGGGAGUAAUGAGUGAGGAUCCAGGGGAAGAUAUAGACACUUCCGGUGGAAGGCGGAAACGAGCGGCGCCAGCUGCCUACCCUAAUACCCAAUUAUACGCUAGUUACAAAUACACGUCAGCAUAUAGUGGUGAUAACAGUAGCAUUUGUCGAACACAGCCUUACUCCACGUUGUGUCCAACACCAAAAACACCUCGGACAGUAGAUGAAAUUGCGUCUGCCAUGGUAAAUAAUCAACUACCAAUGCCUGAUAAGAUAAAGAGGAUAUUCCAAAAGUUGAAGCGAAAUGAGGAGAGAAUCUUUGAGUACCCCCCUGAGAGCGAACCGAUAUUUUUCCGUGAAAUAGGAGACUUUGAAAACGACUGUCGAACCGCGGAUACAGCAACGUUUGAUUUGAUCAAGGCAAUGCUUGAAGGGAGAACAAUUGUUGGACGAAAAGAUAUGUUCAAGAAGUUGGAGGGUAUUCAUAACGGAGUGCACCAAUGGGUUGGUGGAACAAUGACCGGUCGUUUAUCAGCUUCAGAUCCUAUCUUCUAUAUGCACCAUGCAUUCAUUGAUUUAAUUUGGGAGGAAUUUCGAAAGCGUCAGAAUUCCUCUGCAUGCGAGUUUAUCGACCCAGGUACUGACUAUCCCAUGUUUGAUGACUCAGAUGGCAUAAGACCAACGCCAGAAGGUCAUAUGCCUAAUGAAAAAAUGGACGGGAUGGAAUUUAUGUUCAAUAAAUUAGGCAUUGAAAACUUCUGGACAAAAAAUUGGUAUGGGUAUGCAAACAGGCCAAGUUGCGCUAAUAACUGCGGCAAUAGUGGGGAUAUGAUUUGUGAUACCGAAAAGAGCGUGUGUGUUGGCAUGCAGGCAGAGGAUGCAGGAAAGGUAGAAGAUUUACAAAAUGCACCUGAACCCGCCGCAAUGGUGAAGAGGAGCAAGAGAGUCAGUGUUUCAUGUCGUACUAAUCCUUAUCACGUGUCAUGUCCAAGAAGUGACCCUGCAAGAACGAUCGAGGACAGAGCGGCGACGUUCGUUAAUCGAGAGUUAGAAAUGCCUGCUUUGAUUGCAAAGAUAGAGGACGUGAUACAGAAUUACAAACAUCGGGUGGAUGUCACUCCUCCUGAAAGUGAACCGGUGUUUUUCCGGGAAAAUGUUAAAAACGACUGCCGCACUCUUGACACAGCGGUGUAUGACAUUAUCACAGCCAUGCUUAAAGGGAAAAACAUUCCCAGCAAAAACAGCUAUAAAAACUUGCAAUAGAUAUGAUAUUGUUAAUCUAUGUCUUGCUGCCAUUAUUUUCAUCUUCUAGGUCAGGUGGUAGUUUCAUCCAUCUAAAAUGUUACUAUGAAGGCUAAUAAAUUGUCUAAACACUAUAAUGCUUUCCUAUGUUGUUUAACAGAUUGUUGGGGAUUAUCAAAGAAACUUUAUAUAUAUGUAACUAAAACACAUUUGAAUUGAAUGUUAUUGCUAUAUUUUAAUACUGAGAAUAUUUUAUUACAUCGUU